ACGGACUUUAGUCUUUCCUCAGCAAGACUUCACUUUUCUUUCUUCCUUCGUGUCACCGUCAAGUGUCACUGUGGAUGAAAGAGACAUUAAUUUUCAUCUUGCAGAGAAACUUAUCCCAAACAGGCUAUCAUGGAGAUGUACGCUUCUCAGGUACUGCUUGAGAGCGGUAAGAAGCGCUCGCACGAUAAUAUCGAGCCGGGUGCUGCAGCAGAGCCUGCGUGGAAACGUCCCGCUUUACCUUCGGGAUUGCCUGCAAGAUGUCAAGACGCGGAAGCUUCUGGAGAUAUCGACAUGGAAGAGUCUUCGAAUGCAAGCGUCUCUACUAAAAGCGACCUUGACUGUCUAUCGCAGCGUACACUUUCACAAAGCUCUGCAGGUGCAGAUGAAGCAGAUAUUCACGGGCCCUUCUCGAAACACUUCGCGAGGAUUAGUGGGAGCAUCCACGAGUUUGUCAUGAAGCAUGUAACGCCGAGAUCUGACGGGUCCUACAUUUAUGCAUCUUCCUGGCCACCGAUUUCAGCAGGAAUUGCGUCUUACGGCACGGCAAACACUUUCCAGGAAAAAAGCAUCCAAGACAUGAGACUUGAGCCCUCCAUGACAUUUUUCCAUAUCAACGAGAUGAUACUUGCAAAAAAACAACCCUUCACUAGUGGAGCGGUGUAUGAACUCUUUGCGCGAGUCGUCAACUUUGGUUGCGCAGACUUUCCACCGCAUUAUCAAUAUUUCCAGUUGGAAGAUUUGUUUGGAGGAAUGCCCUAUUUGAGUGGACUCAUUUUGCGUUUCUGGGCCGAUCGGAGUAUUCAGCAGGGAUGCUCUAUUGAAUGCGAAGCUACACAGUUCGCGAGUGUAACAGAAGCCGAGGGCAAAUGCUACUGCGUCUGCGAACCUGUCCAAGACAGCUCAGCUGAGCUUGGCUGGUCGAUCUACAUUCGCGAAAUACGGCCUGUCACCUGGGAAACUAUUCGAAGUGUCCAUGCCCACCUUAGAAAAUAAGGGCUCGAGACGACCCAGCAGAAUAUUGACCAAACAGUGUAUGGGUGGAAGCAGCUGUGGGCGCUUAUUUCUCCAUUUAUUCAAGAGUGGCUCAACUUGAUAUCCAUUCUCUUUAUGGGUUAUCCAAGUUUUAUUCAACAUGUUGCGGUUAUCUAUGUGGCCUUUCUCUAAACACU